AUGGUUUCCUUCACUAAGCUGUUCACUGCCGGCCUGAUGGCCACCUCCGCCCUGGCUGCCCCCGUCAAGAAGCGCAGCACCAGCAAGCGUGGUGCCGCUUACAACGACGUCUCGACCGUCUCCGCCAUGACCAGCAGCGGAAACGUUGCCUGGGCCUACAACUGGGCCAUGUCCCUGUCCGGCGACUUGCCCACCGGUAUCGACUUCGUCCCCAUGCUUUGGGGAGCCAAGGACUUCGGCGGCUGGGUCACUGCCAUCGAGACCGCGCUUUCUAGUGGCAGCGAGUACAUCCUAGGCUUCAACGAGCCUGACAUCGCCUCUCAGGCCGACAUGUCUGCCUCCGAUGCAGCCAGCUACUACAUGAACUACAUCACUCCUUACUCCGGCAAGGCCAAGCUCAUCUCGCCCGCCGUUUCAUCCUCCACCAACGAGGGCCAGGGUCUGAGCUGGUUCAACUCGUUCAUGAGCCAGUGCUCUUCUUGCCAGAUCACUGGUCUCGCUGUCCACUGGUAUGGCACCACCAUCGACGAGUUCAAGACUUUCGUCCAGCAGGCUAUCACCGCCGCUAGCGACAACUCUCUGUCCGAGGUCUGGAUCACUGAGUUCGCUCUCUCCGCCGAUGCAGGUGGUAUUGCCGACCAGGCUACCACCAACGCCUUCAUCACCGAGGCUAUUGCCUACCUCGAUAGCGAGUCUGCCGUCACCCGCUACUCUUACUUCAUGUCUGCCGAUAACUACCUCCUCACCAACGGUGCUCUCAACACCGUCGGCGAGACCUACUGCAACUAA